CUCACACAAGAGGAGGCAGGACUUUACUUGAACUAUAUAUUAAACCAGCCCAGUUGUGUUUUCUGACACAGUCACCAUGAAGACAGUACUGGCUCUCCUGGCUGCUCUUUACACCCUUAGAACCUGCUCUUCAGCUCCUCUGAGCCGCCCGACCAACUGGCUCAGACAAUGCCGUGCCUCCACCAACUUCUCCAUCGCAGCAAUGGAGGUGCUUCCAGGUGGAGGGUGGGACAAUCUCCGAAACAUGGACAUGGGUCGAGUCAUGAACCUCAGCUACUUCCAGUGCCAAACCACUGAAGAUGGACUCUACCUCAUCCCAGAUGAGGUGUUUGUCAUCCCUCAGAAGGAGACAGGAGUGGAGACCAACUCUGAGAUCAUCAGCUCCUGGCUGGAGCAGAAAAGCACCACAGCUCACUCUAUAAAUGCUGACAUUUCCUUCUUGAAAGUGCUGAAUGGAAAAUUUUCUACUGAGAACACAAGAAUGAAAUCCCAUCAGGUCAAAGAUUCUUCAACUACAACCAGAGUUCAGGUUCGGAACUUUAUGUACACAGUGAAGGCCUACCCUGACUUCGUACUGGACUCACGCUUUGCUCAGCAAGUCAAAGACAUCGCAGACGCAAUAGAAAACAAUCAGACGAGGAACGCUGACUAUCUCGCAGAGAAGAUGGUGCUGGACUAUGGAACUCAUGUCAUCACUAGUGUUGAUGCUGGGGCCUCUCUGGUGCAGGAAGACUACCUCCGCUCCUCGUACGUGUCUCAGAGUGCAUCAGACAGUUCAACUGUUAAAGCACAGGCUGGGUUCAACUUUUUUGACAAACUCAAGUUUGAUAUCAGCAGUGAGAGCAGCCAACAGAGUACAGAACUUAAAACGUAUCAGUCCAACAUUAUCUAUUCACUCAUUCAGAGUCAUGGAGGUGUGCCUUUUUAUCCUGGCAUCACUUUACCAAAAUGGCAGGAAAGUACCAGAAAUAACUUGGUUGCUAUUGACCGUUCAGGUUUCCCUCUCCACUAUUUUAUAAACAAAAACACUUUGACUGAUCUACCAGAACCUACAGUGGGCAAAGUCGCAGUUCGAGUAAGCCAGGCCAUAGAGCGGUACUACAAGAUCAACACCCGCCCUGGGUGUGUAGACGUCGGCUCCAAGAACUUUAACUUUCAGGCAAACAUUGAUGACAGUUCCUGCGAGGGCCCGGCUACAAACCUUAGUUUUGGUGGGAUCUACCAAACAUGUAGCAAACUCAGCUCAGAUGCAGGUCCACUUUGUGACAAACUGGCCCAGAAAAACCCAGACACUGGUGAAUUCACUUGUCGUGGUCCUUACACCCCAACUUUACUGCGAUCAGAGACGAGACAGGAGGGCUAUUCUCAAAAUGAAUGCUACACAGAUAGUCAUUCAUGCGGAUUCUUGUGGUUAGAUACUUGUUACACAACACACUGCCAGGAUGUGUAUCAUGUUCGUUCUGCUCGUAUCGACACCUACUGGUGCUCUCUGAAUGGAAAAGCUCCUGAUAACUCGGGUUAUCGGUUUGGAGGCAUCUACAGUCCGUCUCUCCGGAAUCCCAUCACCAACACCAAAAGUUGCCCUGCAAAUUUUAUUGCAGUCAAAUUUCUAUCAGAUGGCCAGAUGCUCUGCAUGAGUAACGACUAUGAGAUGGGUACCAGAUAUGCCGUACCAUUUGGAGGUCUCUUCAGUUGUGAAGCUGCUAACCCACUGGCAAGGAACCAACACAUGUGUCCUCCCAAGUUCAGUCAGCACCUCGCCACAGUCAGUGAUGGCUGUGAAAUUCUUUACUGUGUUAAGUCUGGACUGUUCACAGGAGGCGAGCUGCUGCCAAUCCGACUUCCUCCUUUUACCAAACCUCCUCUCAUGAGCAUGCAAGCUACCAACACGGUGAUGGUGAUGACCGAAGGAGAUAAGAGCUGGGUCAGAGUGGGGCAGACAAAAGCAUGGAAGCUUGCCAAGCCAGAGGAAAUCAAGGUACUUGCUCAAAAGUUCAACCCAGAGCUAAAUCAGAUGACAAGUGGGGGAAAGGCAGGGGUAGCAUUUGGAGUGAUUGGUCUGAUGGUUCUGGUGGUGAUUGUGGUGUUCCUGGUUAGGAGGAAGAGGAGGGUGUCUAGAUUUAGUGGCUAUGAGGAUUUAAGUGAACAGGCUGAGAGCAAGACUCAGCAGGAUGAGCCUUAAGACAAAAAAAAACAGCAAGAGAGUAAAAAAGAUCUGAAUCAUUUACGGGGUCACUUCUUUGUUCAGAUCGGAUAAUGACUUUGCUUUUAAAACGCACAAAAUUUACCUUAUUGUAUUUUUGUUUUUCGAGUUUCUGAUCGUUACAUCAAAAGUGAUUCCUGCAGAACUGUUUACCUGUAGUCAUCCACUGCUGCCCUCAUGUGGUCAACAUGCAAACUGCACUGUAGUUUAUGUACUGGAUUUGUGUAUCUGUGUUUUAUAUUCCACGAUUUUGACAAGUCUGGUUUUCAGGAUAAAAAGAAGUCUUGCAUAAAAAAAAUAUAUAUAAUUCUUCAUAUUCUUAACUUGCAUAAAAAUGUGAUUUAAAAAAAUAUCAUGCUAAUAUGAAUUAGAAAAAAAACUGACAUGCACUGGUCAAUAAAUUCUAAACAUGAA